AUGGAGCAAACUUUCAUGACCAUUCACAACCUUUCUCCCGAAGCCAAUAUCCUCUUCGCCUCCGAGUCGAUCUUUGAUAUUCUCGGCUACCACCCUCACGAGGUGCAGGACAGGUCUUGCUUUGAAUACUUCCACCCUGAAGAGGUGCCUUUUGCCCGCUCCGUCCAUAACCGCGGCGUUCAACUCGACAAGGCGGCAGUCCUUCACUAUGCUCGCAUAUUGUCACGCUCCGGCCAGUGGGUCAGCUGCGAGUGCUGCUUCACAGUCGUCCACGAUGUUCUAGUUGCCUGUACCAGCGUGUAUCGGCGAGGCGAGAAGAGCGAGAGACGCGCCAUUGAAGCGCCUCAGAUUCGACGGCUCUUCUCGAGCUCUCCUCGUGAUCCUCGAUAUCACAUGCUAGAGCACCUAUCCCCAAAAUUCCGGACGCAGCCGACAGAACGGGAACCCAGAGCCGCUCUCAUCGUGAACCGAUUUACCAGGACACUGACAGUCAUGUUUGCGACAAACGCCGUGUCUACCAUUCUUGGUGUACGUCCUGACCAGAUCAAAGACAAGAGUUUCUAUGAAUGUAUUCAGGAAAACUGUCUUCCCGAUGCCAUACGAUGCCUCGAGAGCGCCAAGGCAAACGACUCGAUUGCCUACCUGCGCUUUUGGUACCGGGACCCCCGUCGAGAGGAAGACUUCGACGAAGAGGAUGAGGAGGAGGAGGAAGAUGAACGUCGAAGCAUCAAUUCCAGCGACUCGGAGGGAGGAGGAGCUCGGUUGUACACCCAUAUGGACAUCGAUAUCGAGCCCUCUAGCCCGAAGAUCAAGAUGGAGCACGAGGACUCCCAACAGUCCAUGUCUAGCAUCAGUUCCGCCUCCAACGCAGUUGCCAUGGAGUCUGGUUCCAGUAGCGGCGCCUACCAGACCCCUCCCAGCGCCGGUUCGCGCACAGGACCAAGCCGUCCCAGUCCUGAGUCUGGCCCUACACCUCGUGCCCGUCGAAGACGCACACUCAAUGCUCCACUGGAACUUGAGGCCGUUGUUUCAUGCACGUCGGAUGGGCUUGUCGUUGUUCUUCGCCGUGCGCGUCCUCCCAUUCCAGCCUCACACCCGCCACUGGUCCCACCUCAUAGCUUUGAGAAUGGUCUUUUCGCCGCUCCCUGGGGUCAACAGCCCAUUCGACCAGAGUAUCCGCCUGGAGCCCAAUACAACUUCCAGCCGCCAUACACUUCACAGCAGCCGCCUCUUUACGACGAUGCUGCCAAGGCCGUCGGCGGUCCGCCUCUGGACCAGCUUAUGAGUUCGAUCCGAGACGUUGCUGUCUUUGCCUGGGCUCUCAUUGGUAUCAACGGCAACCUUGCGACCUACACCAGAGGCUUACCUCGAGGCGAGGCUCAACCCGCGGACGGAAUUCCUAUCUGGGACCCAAAUGCCGGCAACGAAGUAUCCUACCUAGGGCCCGAAAACCAAGCAGUGCAGCGUUGGGUUGAUUAUGAAAAGGGCAAAAGCAGCACUCCGGGCCAUGGGACAUAUGCGAACAAUGGACAUAAUCGUUGGCCCCCUGAGAACCAGCAGCGACAGCACGAGUUGUCGACGGCGAAUGGCACCAUGGGCGGGAACUAUACCUUUGCAAGCCACUCACAGCAACGGUGGAUGAAUCUUGAGCAAGGCGUAGCUAAUGGCGCUCGGCCAGGGCACGAUCAUAAUGGGCAUGCGCCGCCCACGGGAGGGGAACACCAGCAGAACCACACGCAAGUUGAUGAUACUCAGUCAUAUCGACAGCACCACCACACUGCACCUGGCUUCCCGCCGGCAUUUGGGCACAAUCAGCAGCCUCAUCAGCAAUAUCUCCAGUGGGGCAAUGGCGAGCAGAACCCACCCCCGCCAUCGUACCAUAGUAACGACGGCUAUGGUCCGGCAUCGACACAGGCUGGGCCUAUCAAUCCUCCAAGCAAUGGGCAACGCUUCUAUUGGCAGUGA